CCUAUGAGGCGGUCUGGCUUCCCCGACGAAUUUAGUUUGCGACGCUGUCGUGCAACAGCGCGCUUUACGGCCGCGGGACGGAGCUAGCCGGCGUCAGGGCCACUCCGGCCGGGAAGCGGGGUAGGCGAACGAAGUUGAUGCCCGGCGGCGGGGCGAUCGCGGCGUCUGGCCGGCUUCUCACCGCUGCGGAGCAAAAAGGGGCCCGGGAAGUGGUGGGGUCGGCGCCCAGGAGCGGUCCGGGGGGCUCCGGCACCACCGGCAGAGGCGGAGCAGGCGGCCCGGGGCCGGGCAGUGGAGGGCCGGGGGGCCCUGCGGGCAGGAUGAGCCUGACCCCGAAGGAGCUCUCGAGCCUGCUGAGCAUCAUCUCGGAGGAGGCGGGCGGCGGCACCACCUUCGAGGGCCUCUCCACCGCUUUCCACCACUACUUCAGCAAGGCCGACCACUUCCGCCUGGGCUCUGUGCUCGUAAUGCUGCUGCAGCAGCCGGACCUGCUGCCCAGCGCGGCGCAGCGUCUCACGGCGCUCUACCUGCUCUGGGAGAUGUACCGCACCGAGCCGCUCGCUGCCAACCCCUUCGCUGCCAGCUUCGCGCACCUGCUCAACCCCGCGCCGCCCGCCCGCGGCGGCCAGGAGCCCGACCGGCCACCGCUCUCAGGAUUUUUACCUCCUAUAACUCCACCAGAAAAGUUUUUUCUUUCCCAGCUGAUGCUGGCACCCCCAAGGGAACUCUUCAAAAAGACCCCGCGACAGAUUGCACUGAUGGACGUCGGAAACAUGGGCCAGUCUGUGGACAUUAGCGGGCUUCAGCUGGCCUUGGCUGGUAAGGAGAAAGCGGUAGUUUGGGCAUUCUUGUGUGGCGGCAUUGGGCGUUUUUUCGUGAGGUACACCACUUAAAAUGAAGGUCUUUGUAACUGUGCGAAAAGGUUACUAUCUUCCAUGAAAAAUGUAGCUUCAGUACUGGGUACUGGCUAAUAUGGCAUAUAAAUUCAUUUUGAGUUUUCACUUGAACAGAUUCCUUUUCCAACUUAAGAAGAUAAAAUUUAGUAUGUUUAAAAAAUAAAAAAUUUUUUGUCAUGUCAGUUCUACUC